CCGAGGCAGACGCGCGCUGCGAGGGCGCACGGCGGCCGGACGCUGCCCGGAGCUCCUCGUCCUUCGCGGGGCCUGGCGGGCGAUGGCGGCCCCGCGGCGGGAGCCGGGAGGAGCCGGCCGGCCGGGGCCGCUGCUGCUGCUGCUGCUGCUGGCGCUGUGGGCGGCGCGGGGCGCGCGGGGCUUCGGCGACGAGGAGGAGCGCCGCUGCGAUGCCAUCCGCAUCGCCAUGUGCCAGAACCUGGGCUACAACGUCACCAAGAUGCCCAACCUGGUGGGCCACGAGCUGCAGACCGACGCCGAGCUCCAGCUCACCACCUUCACGCCGCUCAUCCAGUACGGCUGCUCCAGCCAGCUGCAGUUCUUCCUUUGUUCGGUCUACUUUCCGAUGUGCACGGAGAAGAUCAACAUCCCGAUCGGCCCCUGUGGCGGCAUGUGCCUCUCCGUCAAGCGGCGAUGUGAGCCGGUCCUGAAAGAAUUUGGCUUCUCCUGGCCCGAGAGCUUGAACUGCAGCAAGUUCCCCCCACAGAACGAUCACAACCACAUGUGCAUGGAAGGCCCAGGGGACGAGGAGGUGCCCCUCCACAGCAAACCGUCCUUGCACCCAGGAGAAGAGUGCCAUACCGUGGGAUCUAAUUCAGACCAGUACAUCUGGGUCAAAAGAAGCUUGAACUGUGUUCUCAAAUGCGGCUACGACGCCGGCCUCUACAGCCGGUCGGCGAAGGAGUUCACCGACAUCUGGAUGGCCGUGUGGGCCAGCCUUUGCUUCAUCUCUACCGCCUUCACGGUCUUGACCUUUCUGAUAGAUUCCUCUCGGUUUUCCUACCCCGAGCGCCCCAUCAUAUUUCUGAGCAUGUGUUACAAUAUUUAUAGCAUUGCUUACAUUGUCCGGCUGACUGUGGGCCGGGAAAGGAUUUCCUGUGAUUUUGAAGAGGCGGCAGAACCUGUCCUCAUCCAAGAAGGCCUCAAGAACACAGGAUGUGCUAUAAUUUUCUUGCUGAUGUACUUUUUCGGGAUGGCGAGCUCCAUCUGGUGGGUGAUUCUGACGCUGACGUGGUUUCUGGCGGCAGGGCUCAAGUGGGGUCACGAGGCCAUCGAGAUGCACAGCUCCUAUUUCCACAUUGCCGCCUGGGCGAUCCCUGCAGUGAAGACAAUUGUUAUCUUAAUUAUGAGACUGGUAGAUGCAGACGAGCUGACUGGGCUGUGUUAUGUCGGCAACCAGAACCUAGAUGCGCUUACGGGCUUCGUGGUGGCCCCUCUUUUCACCUAUCUGGUGAUUGGGACGCUCUUCAUAGCAGCUGGCUUAGUGGCGUUAUUUAAAAUCAGGUCUAACCUCCAAAAGGACGGGACAAAAACAGACAAGCUCGAGCGGCUGAUGGUGAAAAUUGGUGUCUUUUCCGUGCUGUACACCGUUCCAGCCACCUGCGUCAUUGCAUGUUAUUUCUACGAGAUCUCCAACUGGACUAUCUUCCGCUACUCGGCAGAUGACUCCAACAUGGCGGUGGAGAUGCUUAAAAUUUUCAUGUCUCUUCUCGUGGGCAUCACAUCGGGCAUGUGGAUCUGGUCUGCCAAAACUCUGCACACCUGGCAGAAGUGCUCAAACAGGCUGGUGAACUCGGGGAGGGUAAAAAGGGGGGAGAAAAGAACCGACAGCUGGGUGAAACCCGGCAAAGGGAACGAGACUGUGGUAUAAACUCAGUUUCAGCAGCAUGCCGAUGUCCGUUCCCUCCCCCUCCCUGUAAGAAGGUUCGGUUGCAUAUAACCAGCAGGAAUGUUGUAAUGUUUUACGUGCUGGGGAAAAGGGAACUGCAUACAAUGUCUUUGUUCAUACAAAAUUUUGUGUGUGUCCAGCAGAUGGGGUGGGGGGAGAGGAGGAGGCCUUCAGAAAUGAGCAACAAAGCCUCAAGUGCCGCAGAUGGGAGAAUAGUCCUUCUCCGGCGCAAGGAACACUCAAGCCCUCAGAGGCUUUAAAAAGCUGUGAAAAAAAAAAAUCAGAACCUGCCGGACUUCUGGCGGAGAGCCGUGUCCUUGUGUCUCUCACAGUCCUGGAACUCUGCUCCUCCUAAAUAACGAAGCGCCUCUCGCCACCCAAAGUCAUAUUUUUAGCUGUGCCUUGCAGUGAAGGAAAGAAUUCUGAGAGCAAGCCUCUCCGCUGGCCGAGGGACCCGUUCUUGUAAGCAGUGAGGGCGGCUGACUUCAGGAGCCUUGGCAAAAGGAGCACUGGGGAUCCUGUUACAGUUGCUGUCUCCUUGGAAGAUCGGACCCUUCUGGCCCAUAUUAGAUUAAUUUUCCUGCUGCUUGUCCCUAUGUCACCACUGUGGGGCAGGGUGAAGGGAAGGCUGGCGGGGAGGUAACCUCUGAAGCUAAAUAUAGAAGUUCUUACGAUCUGACUUUAUCUCAAGGAACGUAAACUGCUCUCCAUCUGCAGCGAGGAGGCGUUGCUAGAGAGAGAAGAGAACUUACAUCCCCUACUCGAACUCAGGCUGCAAAGCCAUUGGCUUAGUAGCUGCGAUGCGCUCUGUGGUAGCCUGUGCCUCACACCUAGCCCCUAAGGGAAGUGAACAGUUGCACCCAAUAGUAGUGGGCAGAUAAUCAGGGCUCCUCGAACCAAAGCCAACUGAGCCAUUCGGGCAGGAAAGGCUAGCAGUAAAAAGAACCGAAUCUGCCUGCCUCUAGAAAACAAGCAUCUCGGGGCAGGUGCUAAGCUAGGCUCCUCUGGUGCUUGUUUUCUAAAUACAAGGCUUUCCCUCCUCCUGUAUCCAGGUGAACUCAGCGUGGAACGCUCCUUCCUGCUGUCUGAUGUGGCACAGUCUCGAUGGGGGUGUCCCACGUGGUCAUUCGGCAUAUGCUUGGCAGAUACUUUUCAGACCUAUUCGAGCAAGUGUCUUGCUCAGCGUAGGUUUUCCCAUCGGAUUUGAAUAGCACCAUCCACUGCGAAACUCACAUGCCCCCUUUCAGUUCUAGUGGUAGUGUUUCCUGGUUGAUUGCAUCUACCUCUUAUCAGAAGAGGAAGAAAAAUGGAAGUGGUAACACAGCCUUCUCUUCUAGUCAGAUUCCCCCUUCCCAGUCCCCGAAUCUUUAGCACUGCCCCCCUCCCCUGCUUUGGCAUGUGACAUUUGCCAUUCUCUUGUCUCCUCCCCAUGAUGACGACAUCCUCUCUGGCUUCAAUAAUGUCUAAAAAAGCCCACCUCUAUUUUUAUGGCCCUGCUUCCAUCUGCAGCAUGUGGCUAAUAAGGAAAAGUGAGUGGAGGGUCAUUUCUGACAAUUGGCUUAUUCAGAGCUCGCUUGACUUCUCCCCCCCCUUUUUUUCUCCCUCCUGGCUCUCCAAGUAAACUUAUCUGGCCUUCCCCAGAGACCCAUUGCAUUAAGCAAUUAAGGCUUAAUAUAUUUCACUCUGCCCUGAUUGCAUCUGUGUCGACGCCAGUCUGGGUGAACUGAAAUGUUCAGUUCCCUGGCAGCUUCGAGUUCACACAGAUCAGUUGCAUAAUUUGUGUGUCAAUUUCAAUUAAAAGAACAUUCUCCAGCCAUGAGAUAGGGAUACAGCUGACUCCCUCCGAACCAGAACGGCCGGGCCUUGAUUGGUAGAAGAAUGUGAGCUUUCCCCCCCCCACCACCUCUUGCUCAAAGGGAGACUUCCCUCCCUCCCCCUUUUAAAAGAUCCAAAAAAUGUAGUUAUUCCAGGAUGAGUCAUGUGGUUUUAAGGCCUAGUGUUGCAUUAGCCUCCAACAAUAAGAGGAGGUUUGGUGCUGACAAUAACCUUUAGCAAUCUGAGAGCAUAAUUUUAAAGGUCUGUAAGAGAAUAGAAUUUUAAUGGGAACUGUAAGCACGUCUGCUUGCCUUAGGGGUUUUUUUAACCCCAUGUGGCUUCAUAGCAUGCCUUUCUUAGGUACUUUGCGUGGGGCUUGAUUUCAGGGGAUCGAGGGCAUGUUCCUAUACUUUUUUGGGACACAUGCUUGCAAUCUCCCACCCCCUGUGCCACCCUCGCUGUGAUACCCCUGCAAGGGUAUCACAGUCCAUGUAGAUGGAGCCUUUUUGGUGCACACUUCCUGCUCCAGCCACUUUGUGCCAUUUCCUCAUCUCCUUCGGCUUGCGCGUUACUGAACUCUUGCAAGAGGAGCGUGGAGAGUUUCCGUGUCUUCCAAGCAUCCCGGAUGACUGUGCCCCAGUCCAGUUUUUGCCCGUGUAGGGGCAGGGAGGGCAGCAGUAUUCGCUUCUCUCCCCUUUGAAAAAGUUUGAGCACCUCUUUCCCGUAGCCAUUUCCCCUCCACCUAAAUCGGUAUGAAUGAAGGAUCGCUGCCGUCACGUGCCUUUUAAAGAUGUUGAACCCAGUAGACUCACAGCGUUGUGCUGGGGAUCCCCUUUUCCCUGAUUUUUGUGCCAAAACCCGCCCGACUUCCCGGAGCUGCUGUUACUGUCACAUAACGUUGAAUAAUCUGCUACCAAUGCACUUUAGCAGUCACUUGUGAGUGGAUUGCUCCAUUUCACGCAAUAAAAUCCUGUUGCAAAAUGUAUUGAAAGUGGAUUGAAAGCACAUUAUUCAGUGUGCGUGAACGCUUAAGUUACAGUCAUGAUGACCUCGCACUGUAACCAACCAAGUAUCUAGCAUUAUUUGGGGGGGGGUAAACAAAGAGGAUUUUUAUUCCUGCCCUCCCUGAGCGGUGCAGAGUUCUUCUGAAGACCAAGAUAGCCAGGGGACAGCCUGGAAUUGGAAGGUGCAAAAAAGGACGUUUCCCCCAUAGUGGCUUGAAAGAAACUUUGAGAGUAGAACCAGUUCUGCCAACUAUUCUACUGCUGGCAGGCCUUUGUUUUCCUGCCCAGAGUCAUCCAUGCGUGUGACAAUCAUCUGCUAGGAACACAAGCUGUGGUUUGGGUUACAGCCCACUUUUUGGGGUGCUUGAUGGAAUCUGGGCAGCGAUGGCAAUGGAGAGAUCCAUACUGGCUGGGUGCUUUGGCCCCCCACUGAGGAAUAUUGACAGGGCACCCUGAUCCUACCACGCCACUGUCCUUAUUUUGCAUGAGCGUCAUCCUCUGGAGAGAGCUAUCCCUGCCAUUGCACUCCGAGGGCCGACUUCGGUGUGUCGCUUGCCACGUGCAGUGCCAUCAAAGAGUUGUUAACCAGCCCCAGAAAUGCCACGUUGUCCUGGGUCACAUUGGAAAGGUUCUUUUGCUACAUCUCAACCGCUGCUUAUACGGCCUUGGCGCAUCAGCGUCCCACGGCCAGAUGACAGUUGGGUUGGCAAGUGGGCCAUUUGCCUACAUCCAUGUGCACGCGGGUUAAGAGUUUUGUGCCAUCGGAAGAAAAUAAUCACGGUGCAAUCAACGGGCACGCUUUCAGGAUUUUUUCCAGUGCUGAAUCCCUUCUGGCACUGAAAUGGAUUCUGUAGUUGAACUUUUCAGAUCUGCUUAAAAAUAUUAUCACACCAGCUGUUGGAACUAUUGUGAAGCUGAGCAGGCCCUGUGUAGAAUUCUGAACAAAGCCUGAAUGGCUAGGUUUGGGUUAUAGUUCACAUUGGUGCGAUCGCUCUUAUUUUUUUUAAAAAAAUUGUCUAAUCCUGUGUCAAAAUUGAAGUUACUGUGACUUUACGCACCUUUACACCUGUUCCAGUUUUCCGUCACAAAAUUCUCUUCCUUUCUGGAGCAAUUCCUGCCCUUUUUCAACCCUUCCUUGCUGCCAUAAUAAUAAACUUUUUUUAAAAAAAUACAGAUUUUUAUAAACACUUUGACGCAUAGGUACAUGUUGUUACUUAUGUUAAGGACUAUUCCCUCCCCCUUAAAUCUUUUAAUGGUAAACGGACACUGAUUUUGUUUUCUUUGUUGGUGAUGUACAGAAAAGUAUCUACAUCUAUUGUAAAUUUAUAAUUUAUCAUUGUACAAAGAAAGACUUUGCUAUUUAAUUUUUGUAUCAAAAUUAAAAUUUUGUUUUAUUAAAGGGUG